AUUGUAGAUUAGCACUGUUAUUAAGCAGUCAGUUAGACUUACUGUUGAAAUAUUAUUUUAAAUUGGUUAUUUACCUUUGAACUGUUAAUAUUUUUUUAAAGAUUAAUAGUAAAAUAUAUAAUUUUGUAUUAUAUCUUCAUAAUAAAUAUGACGAAAUCGAAAACUUUUCUUUCAUURGUGAUAUUUUCUACAUUAUUCGUACAUGCUCAAUCAUUAUUAUUAUGCUACCAAUGUGUUUCUACACAUCCAGGCUGUGGGACACCAUUUAAAUGGAUGUGGCAUAAAACAAUUUUUUGUCCCGAAGAAGAUGAUAUAUGCGUAAAAGUCAUUGAAAGAGUCGGAGCUGAGGAACGAAUUACUCGUGAUUGUUUGAGUUCAUUAAAAGGUUUUCGCACAGAUAUUCCAGCUGACAAGUAUGAGGGUUGCAGGAAAAGUUCUGUUGAUGUUAAACUUGGCCACUAUGUGAAUAAUUCAAUACCUGAAUUGGAUAUUAAAAGAAACUAUUAUGAUUCAACAACCUGGUGCUUUUGUUAUUUUGAUCAUUGGUGUAACUCAGCUAACAUGUCUACAUCUUCCAAUUUGCUUAUAGUGUUGAUAAGUAUAUUUUUUUUUGUUCGCAAUAUUGAUCAAUGAUUAUUUUUGUAUUAACAUAAGUUAAAUGUGAACGAUUAAUGUUCAUUAUUUUUAGUGAAGUAUUAAAGAUUGAUUUAGGUUUUUGAUUUUUUUUAGAAAUAUUCAAUAAUAUUGUAAAAUGAGUAUACAUUUAUUUUAAUAUAUAUUUAAUUAUGAUAACUAGAAGAACAAUAUUGUGAUCACAUUUUGUUGUUGAACAGCUUAUAUUAAUCAUAGCACAUUUACUGAAUAGUUUUAUAAUGAUAAACCAUUCAUUAAGUUAUUUAUGUUAAAAGAUAUAACUUAAAACACCAAAAAUUAAAUAUUCAUAUCCGUCCAAAUGUGUCUUAAUAUAUAACUUUGUUUUAAUAAUUUAUUGAUAUAAUAUUUCUUAAUGUGACUGUAUUAAAUUAGAACUUAGUUAAGGUUAUUCCUUUA